ACAGGCAUGAAAUUCGCAUUAGGUCUUUUGAUAUCACGACGAUGUCAUCGUAUUCUAGCCGCUCGUGCAGUGUCAAUGUGAUUUGGAGCAAAUAACAGAAACUUUCGAGGUGCAAGUGUGUAAUUGCAUAGUUUACUGCUAAAAGGACUAAAACUGAAGGAUUAAAAGUGCGCCUGUGAAAAGCAUACAAUUCGUUUGCCAGUGCCAAUUAAGUGACUAACGCACUAAUUACGAACUUUACUUGCUUUUGUCCUUGUUAAGUAGUUUUUGAGUCUUCUUGCGACACAUACGUUUGUUGUCCUGCCAAAUUAAACACAUAUGUAGCAGCGGAAGUACAGUUGUGCGGUGUAUUCGGUGUAAUCGUGUGUGUGUGAGCGUUUGUGGAGAACAGUGAGCUAGAUAGGAGAGAAGACUACAAAAUAUUCGAAAAGAACGUGUAUUGUGCUCAAGGAUAUUGUCUUUGCGGUAAAAACACAUUGACAGAAAUUGCAAAAUGAAAGCGCUCAUAUCGUUCGGUGUAAUAACACUUUUUACCAUCGUUUCUGUGCAUGCUACACCCGCCAUCAGUUCCAGUGAAAAUGCGAUUCCCAUUGUGAAUCGUAAUCAACUGGAGGAGGGCUUCCUGCGUAAACUCAACAUAAAGUGCAGUCAGAGGGAUAAUCAUUCGUGUAUGAUGCUCAAACUGAUUGUAUACAUGAAUCGAAUAUUUAAAAAGUCUUCAAUCGAUAUUAAUGAAAAUCUAAGGGUUUCACAAAAUAGAGAUAUCGACUCCAUACCGGACGAUCCCGACGAUGAUUUAAUGUUGGCUCGUUCCAUUGAAUCGGACGAUGAGACGCUUGGGCUACUGAUGGCGGGUAAAAUUUGGAAAUUUAUACGCUCACGUACGCUGCGCUAUAAAUUUUCCGACAAUGCAGACUUCGUGCUCACCACCGAACCCAAAGGCAAUUUAAACUUUGGCGUAUCUGUGAGUCCGGUUGAGACGUUCGAAGAGGGACGUGGCAAGAUGAAAAAUAUGGGCCCAAUGCUGAUGGUCAUGAUGGCCAAGAUGGGCAUGGUGGGUGCCAUAAUGCUCAAAGGUUUAUUCCUGCUGGCGGGCAAAGCGUUAAUUGUCUCAAAGAUUGCACUGCUGCUGUCGGUGAUAAUCGCAUUGAAGAAGUUAUUGUCCCAAAAGAAGCAUAUCGUUGAGAUACCGCAUCACGAUACCUACAGCUCGGGUUGGGCGAGAGCUUUGAACGGCUUCAUAGACGGCAUGGCCGAAGUGCCGGCCCAAAUAAUCGCACAGGAAGCGCAGGAUAUGGCAUACAAUGGACAAAUGCCAGCAGAGGAAGUGCAUUAAGCACAAGCUAGAGCUAAGUCAAUACAUAAAUUAUAUGGUACAAACGAUUAUUUAUGAACAGAAAUAUAAGAGCACCCAUUACAAACAAAUAAGAAUAUUUAAUGCAGAGAGUACAGAGAGUAAGGCACUGCCAAACAACAAAAAAAUAGAAAAAAAAUUAUACAAAUAAUGGAAAAGCAGCUGCAGAAAAACUGCAAUAAAAUGUAAAAAUCCAAAGCCAACAACUUUAGCUGAGCCUGUUCGCUCGGCUAUAUUUCGUAAGAAUACGUACACAAACAAAUGAUUAGUAUAGACUUUUAUUCGUGUUAUUAAUAAAAGAUAUCUAUUAAAUAUUUAUUUUGCCAACAAAAUAUAUUAUUUUCAUGCAAUUAAUGAAAAAUAAUAAUAUGGAACGGUACAUCUAACCAAUUCGCAUUGUUUCUACUAAAACUUGUUCGAUUUAAUUUUACUAGCACCUUGUUAUUAAAUUAUUUAUUUCAACUACGGUUUUAUGUGAGGAAUAUUGUAUAUUAUUGUAUUGUUGUUUUAUGUAGUUUUAAUAUUUAUUUUAUUAUUUAUUGUACACUAAUUUAUUAAAAUUAUAAAAUUAAAUAAAACGAUGAAGCUUUCAACAUUA